AUGAUCAGGAAAGAGGUGGUUGUGGCUGUGACGGCUGCAACAGUUACGGUGGUUGCUGUGACUGUGUUAAUGGGUCGGUGGAUUCAGACGAAGGAGCGACGGCGAAAACAGACGCAGAGGAUUCUAAAGAAAUUUGCUAGAGAAUGUGCUACGCCGGUCUCGAAACUAUGGGCGGUGGCGGAUGCCUUGGUCACUGACAUGACCUCCUCUCUCGCGGAUGCAGUCGCCGAGACAUGCGGUUCCCUCAACAUGCUAGUUUCAUUCGCCGGUUCUUUCCCUUCCGGUGAUGAGAAAGGGGUACAUUAUGGAGUUAACGUGAGAGGCAAGGAACUUCUACUGUUACGUGGGAGUUUACGAGGUAAUGAAGAGCCUAUUUCUGAUGUGCAAACGCAUGAGAUUCCUAUCCCCGACGAUGUUUUAAAUGGUUCUCUCAAGGAGUUGUGCGAUUUCAUAUCAUUGGAGCUUGUUAAAUUCCUUGCGAUGAACCCUGGUGAAGAAACAGAGGAAGCGAAGAAUCUCGGGUUUACGUUGACACGCUCUGUGGAACAGAUUGGUUCAGGUUCAAUAUUGGCGUUACAGAGGAAAAGUUUAGUAGAUGAUGAUGAUAAUAAAGUUUUGAAGGAGUUUGUGUAUGGUAUGAAUGAAUCACUAGAGAGCCAUGGUCUGAAUAUUCGGAUGAACACAUCGCUGGUGGAUAACACUAUAGGAGAGUUGGCUGGAGGAAGGUACUAUCACAAGGACACUGUGGCUGCAGUAUCAUUAGGUAUGGGAACUAACGCUGCUUACAUUGAGAAAGCUCAAGAGAUUUCGAUGUGGAAAUCUGCGAUACCCGAGCCAAAAGAAAUCGUUGUUAGCACAGAAUGGGGAGAUUUCAAAUCUUGUCAUCUUCCUAUAACCGAGUUUGAUGCUUCUCUUGACGCGGAAAGCUUGAAUCCUGGAAACCAAGUGUUUGAGAAAAUGGUGUCCGGAGGAUACUUAGGGGAGAUAGUGAGAAGAGUUUUGCUAAGAAUGUCUGAAGAAACUGCUUUAUUUGGAGAUGCAUUGCCUCCAAAACUAAUGAUUCCUUACAUUUUAUGGCCGCCAGAUAUGGCUGCGAUGCAUCAAGAUAUAUCAGAAGAACGAGAGAUCGUAAAUAGAAAGCUCAAAGAAGUUUUUGGGAUCUUGGAUUCAACUCUUGCGGCGAGAGAAGUGGUUGUUGAAGUGUGCGAUGUAGUCGCGGAACGAGCUGCUCGUUUGGCGGGAGCAGGAAUAGUUGGGAUAACAAAGAAACUAGGAAGGUUAGAAAAAAAGAUGAGCAUUGUGAUAGUUGAAGGAGGAUUAUACGACCAUUACCGAAUCUUUAGAAACUAUCUUCAUAGCAGCGUUUGGGAAAUGCUCGGUGACGAGUUAUCAGAUCAUAUCGUCAUUGAACAUUCUCACGGAGGAUCUGCUGCCGGAUCUCUCUUCCUUGCGGCAUGCAGCGGUGACUAA